AUGCUCGGCCGCCACCAACCAGCUUGGGACUUCAUCCGUGAUCACUUUGACUACCUGUCGCGUGCCAUGUACAUAUUGCAGCAGGGUGCCAGCAAGAUGGACGUGGCCUUUUACCAGAAGCGCACGACCUACGCGCGGCCUGUAACUGGCUAUGAGCCUGAAGAUCUCCUCAAGGCGGGAUACACAUAUGGCUACCUUGAUCCGGAGACACUACAGGGUCGAGAUACUGUGGUGCAAAAAGGUGUUCUGGCUCCCAUGAAGCAGGCAUAUAAGGCACUGAUCGUCCGCGGGAGUGACGUAUUAACUGUACAAGGCGCCGACAUGCUCGCCAAACACGCCCGCUCGGGUCUACGCGUCGUCUUCGCCGGUGAAAUCCCGUCAUAUCUCGGCGGACAUCAUGACCCAGCCGGACACGCUUAUGUCAAUCACACGUUGAGGGCACUGCGGCACCUCGACAAUGUACACCAUGUGCCACGUGAAGAUGGCUUGAGCGAAGUGAUGGAAUCACUCGGCAUUAUGCCGCGCACCCGGAUUCGUGCGUCGGCAUUCACAACAAAGUGGUGGCCUAUAUGGCGAGAGACGGCCGAUGGGCACGCACAGUACGCUUUCAUCUACCACGAUGGCGAAGAGAAUAGCGCCGGCACAAUCGAGUUCCAAUCGACCGGCCGGCCGUAUCGCUAUGAUGCCUGGAGUGGUGCCAUCACGCCCAUGGGUAUCUAUAGCCGACAAGGAAGUACUAUCACCAUUCAUCUUACUCUUGGCCCACAUCAAGCAGUCUUAUUCGGGUUUCACAGCGACGAACAGCACGCAUUCCACGCAACGGCCACUUCAGCCGGUGUCUUAGACGUGCGACAGGUGACAGGCGGGCUGCGUGCGAUCGUAGGUUCAUCUACGUCUGGACAUUCUGAGUGGAUACGCACGUCCGAUGGUGUCAUCCACAACGUGCCCGCCGUGUCGGUCGCGCCUUUUUCCCUCGACAACUGGACACUUGUCGUAGAACAUUGGGACCCUCCCACGCCGCUGGCCAAUGUUUCUGCUGAUGCGUCGCGCUGGAACUCGACACACCAUCUCGAAAGCCUCGUGUCCUGGCAGCAUAUCCCCGGUCUGGAGCACGUCUCAGGACGAGGAUACUACGAGACCACGUUUCAGUGGCCUCCCGCCAAUAGUACAGAGCGGUAUUCAAGCGGUGCUUUUCUGUCGCUGGGCAUAGUGAUUCAUACUAUGACGGUAUCCGUCAACGGUCAUGCCCUUGCACCAUUCGACAUACUGACACACGCGCGGUUAGACAUUACUUCUUACCUGGUGGCCGGUGAACGCAACACGGUUCGCGUGGUUGUAUCAACCACAUUAGCCAACCGCCUGUCUGUCAUCUGGGACUCGCUGCGCACCAGCGGAGCCCCGCCCACAGGCCUAUUUGGCUCGGACACGAAGCCCCCAGGGAACGCUGAGUACGGUCUUGUGGGUCCGGUCACUGUGAUUACGUACCGGAAAGUCGACCUGGCAGAGGACGAUGUGACCAAGCAACCGAGUGCGUGA